AUGCCGGCUCAUAGCACUUCCCACGUUUCAGACUCGGGAUGGAUUCAACAAGGCUGCCCAGUCUGCGCAACAGGCGUGUCCCCAGCAACGACUGAUGCUUUGCCAUGGGCAAACGAUAUGGAUUCUCUUCCACGAGCAGGUCAAAUCUGGUGCAUCGAAGAAUCCAUCUUCUCCCCGGUGGCGACUCUUCUCGGCCAGACAAUGCCGGCCAUCAUGGCCUCCUCCGUCACAUCGUUUACGGACGACCGUGCUUCCAAACCUCGUCCCUGCGUCAUCACCCAGGAGGUGUCAGACGGAUCUUACUACGUCUAUCUCUUCGGCACCUUCAAUGGCGGCAAGAUCUACCGCCUACCCAAGGCUCUUCAAUACUUCUUGGUUCAAGUCGACCCUCAUGCAUCUACGCGCUAUCCCGUAACAAACUAUAGGAGGCAGAAAUUACCUUGUCUGCAUACGUCUCCGAAUUGGACACACCAUCCCCAGUUUCUGGUCGCGCUCCCUCAUCGUACUCUCCCAGGGUUCGGCUUCAGGAGGGUUCUCAAUCAGCUCGACCGUCCUUGGACAAACUGCGAGGGACACAAGCACCCGCCUCGUGAGAAAGGACCCGAUUGCCCUACGUACGAGAUGGUGGAGCCCCAGCGUGCCGCGCUGGGCACGCUACAUCGCGAUACGCUCCGCUCGUGGCUCCUCAAGAACAAGGCAGAUAGAGGCAUCUUGACACACGAGUUCCGAAUUGCUUUGGACAAAAAGAUCGAGGCGAGGGCGCGCGACACCGACUCCGUUCGGUCAUUCGGUCAAGCCGGGAGCGAUAUCGCAUCAGGGCGUACGGAGAGAACAGACUAUACGAAGCCGCCCACCUCGCGUCUGCGCGAUGUCUUCAAUGCAGUGGAUCAAGAGGUACCUGCAAAGGAAGCCGCCGCCCAGGCGUCCACUCGUGCACCUAGCGUCUCGGAGUCCUCCAGCGGAGAGAGCGAAUCGGAGCCAGAGACGCCUGCCCUUCCUCCCGCCGAGCUCCCAACUCCCGUCAUCGUCGGCAUCGAGCGCCUCACCCUCGACUCUCUCACGGAAUCCCAACCCGAGCUCGCCGAUACCCCCACACCAAAGCGCAAGGCCUUUGGCCGGCACCCUGCUGUGCCUCGCUCGCCGACUGGAAGCACCCGUUCGUUUGCGCUCUCGCUCUUGGAUCGCGCUCUCCGGCCUACCAAGAACCAGGCGGGCCCGGCGAAGACUGCUGAGGAUUGGCCGUCGCUGCCUACUUCUCCAACUACGCCUACCACCAGCUCUCGGCGUCAUCGUCGACGUGAUAGUCGUGCUAGCAAGGCGAGCACGGCUCGAGGCAUUUGA